AUGUGCAUUAAAGGACGAGGGAAUAGUCGGGUCUUCCGAGCCUCGAUAAACCUCCUUCUCCAAGGUUUCUACGUCGAGCGUGUAGUCUCGAUUGUUAAGUCGAAACUUCAAUAUCCGCACCAUGUGGUCAUACUCCGACUUCUCGACCUCCAAAGUACUAAGGAACUCCAUAGUGAUGCCGGCGCCAAGAGCUACAAGAGCCUCGUCAUCCACAUACCGGGUUGCUACCAUACGCAAGUUCGACAAUGUUUUCCACCUUUUCUUUUCCUCGGCCGUUUUCAAUCGAACGUUAAAACUUCCCGGUUGAAUUGCCGCAUUCGGUAUAACAUUAGCAUUCGAUCCCCUUCCUCGGCCUCUACUUCCCGAACCUCUUCCACGAUUCAUCUUAACCUGAGACAAAUAGACAACUAA